GGCAGGGCUGCUGCCCUCUCCAGCCCUCGGAAGCCAGGAGAGGAUCUGGUGGUGGUACCAAGGAAAGACCUGAACCAUGUCCAAAGUGGUGGAGCUUUAAGUGAACCUCUGGAGAAGGAGCAGCUGCCCCCUAAGCAGGCUGCCACCGAUUCCAGGGAGCGUCUGGGGGGGAUGUACAGCAGUGAGGCAGGAGAACCGAGACCCCAGAUGGGACAGGCAAGCGAUGGAUGGUGUGUGAUGAACUUGGCAGGAGCCUCUGAUGAUGUCUGUAGGGAUGGAAGCGAGGAGCAGCCGGGUCUACCAGCUAAAAGUAGAGACUUGGACCAUGAAGAGUGGGAAGUUAUUUCUGAGCACCUGGCCUGGGAGGAGGCUGGCAAGGAAGGCAGCGUGGAAGACUCCAACAGCAAGGAAUGGGAACAAGGAGACUGCCCUGAUGGGGACUUGAAAGCAAAGAGAGUUGCAGCUGUGCCCCCCAUGUUCCAAAAUAUCCAGGUGACUUUCCGCAUCCACUACGUCACGCACUCUGACGCUCAGCUCAUUGGUGUUACUGGUGACCACGAGUGUCUUGGCCAGUGGCAAAGCUAUGUUCCCCUCAAGAAGGACAAGGAUGGCUUCUGGUCUGAAACUGUUACUCUGCCAGUAGACACCAAAGUAGAGUGGAAAUUUAUCUUGGUGGAGAAUGGACAGGUGAGACGUUGGGAAGAAUGCGGUAAUCGGACCCUGGUGACUGAACAUGAAGAUCAAAUUGUUCAUCAGUGGUGGGGACAUCAUUAA